ACUUGGAAAGAGGCUUUUCCUCCUUGGACAUCUGCUGGCGGAGCUUUCAGUAGCCAGAGAGAGGAGAGAGGGGUCCAGCCGCAGCUCCUGACACUUCUCUCUUACUCUGCAGAGGAGGAAGCUUCAAGCAGGCUGCUCUGAACAUUGGUCGCUUCAUUCUUUAGGGGGUUGAAUAGACUGAUUGAUGCGCUGCUGACCCUCUAAGACCAAAGAUGAAGAUAGGGCUGUCACUGGCCGCGGCUGCCUUCCUUGCAGCCUUGUUAUCCUCCGUAGAUGCUCAAGUGGAACCUCCCUCAGACUUGAAAUUUAAAAUUCUAAAUGAGAACACAGUGGAUAUGUCAUGGGCAAGGCCCUCAGCAAGGAUAGAUGGCUUCAGAAUACAAGUUGUGUCAGAUGCAGAUGAACCGGUUAGAGACUUUACCCUUGAUGCCUACACCACUACGACCUCAAUCAGUAACCUGACCCCUGACUUGGACUACUCAGUGUCCAUAAACUCCUAUUAUGGGUCAGAGGAGAGCAUUCCCAUCUUUGGGCAACUAACCAUUCAGUCCAGUAACACCAGUGGACGAGUCAGGAGGCCACAGUCAGAUGCAAUCAAGUGCUCGGUCAGUGCAAUAGCAGAUUUGGUUUUUCUGGUGGACGGCUCAUGGAGCGUGGGCAGAGAAAACUUUAAGCACAUCCGCAGUUUCAUCGCAGCCCUGGCAGGGGCCUUCGACAUUGGCGAGGACAAGACACGGGUGGCCGUGGUUCAGUACAGCACAGAUACCCGCACAGAGUUCCCUCUCACCCGUUACACCAGAAGAGGAGACCUGCUCCAAGCCAUCAACUCCCUGCCAUACAAGGGAGGAAAUACUAUGACAGGUGAUGCCAUAGAUUACCUGCUGAGAAACAUCUUCACGGAGGAAGCUGGAUCCCGAAAAGGUUUUCCAAAGGUAGCCAUGAUCAUCACUGAUGGAAAAUCCCAGGACCCAGUGGAGGAGUAUGCUAAAAGACUUAGGAACAUUGGAGUGGAAAUAUUUGUCCUAGGUAUCAAAGGAGCAGAUGAGGAUGAGCUAAGGGAAAUUGCCUCCUCACCUCAUCACAAACAUGUGUACAAUGUUCCCAACUUUGACCUGAUCCAAGAGGUACAGAAAAAGAUCAUCACAGAGGUGUGCUCCGGUGUUGAUGACCAGCUCAGCUCUCUGGUCAGCGGAGAAGAAAUGGUGGAGGCACCAUCUAACCUGCAGGUCACUGAAAUUGCAUCUAAGUCAAUGAGAGUGACAUGGGAUAUCUCCAUGGAUGAAAUCACAGGCUACAAGCUCACGCUCAUUCCCAUGUUACCUGGAAUGAAACGCCAAGAGCUAUACAUUGGACCCACUCAGACAUCCAUAAAUGUCCGUGACCUUUCCCCUGAGACUGAGUAUGAGAUCAGCUUGUAUGCCCUCAAAGGUCUGACUCCCAGUGAACCCAUCCAGGCGAUGGAGAAGACCCAACCUGUCAAGGUGUCAACAGAGUGCUCUCUGGGAGUGGAUGUGCAGGCUGAUGUGGUCCUUCUUGUUGAUGGUUCGUACAGUAUUGGAUUACAAAACUUUGCCAAAGUCCGUGCCUUCUUGGAGGUUCUGGUCAAUUCCUUUGACAUCGGCCCCAGUAAGGUCCAGAUAAGCUUGGUCCAGUACAGUCGCGACCCACACACUGAGUUUGCCCUCAACACCCACCAUGAUAUUAAUGCUGUUGUCAAAGCUGUGCGCACCUUCCCCUACCGUGGAGGCUCCACUAACACUGGCAAGGCCAUGACCUAUGUCAGGGAGAAGAUCUUUAUCAAUUCCCGUGGAGCAAGACAGAAUGUCCCCCGUGUCAUGGUCCUGAUCACAGAUGGAAAGUCUUCAGACUCUUUUAAGGACGCAGCCACCAACCUGAGGAAUAUCGAUGUGGAGAUCUUUGCCGUUGGUGUGAAGGAUGCAGUGAGGUCUGAGUUGGAGGCCAUUGCUAAUCCCCCAGCAGACACUCAUGUCUAUGAGGUGGAGGACUUUGAUGCCUUCCAGAGGAUUUCCAAGGAGCUGACUCAGUCCAUCUGUCUGAGGAUUGAACAGGAGCUACUCAACAUCAAAAAGAGAAGUCUGCUUCCACCCAGAGACUUGCAGUUCUCUGAAAUUACCUCCAGAAGCUUCCGUACCACAUGGACGGCCCCUGCUGCCGCUGUCUUGUCUUACCUGGUGCGUUUCCGCAAGGCUGAAGAUGUCACCGGAGACUACAUUUCCCUGGCAGUGCCAAAAGAUACCACCACAGCUGUUCUGCCCCACCUUUAUCCCCUCACUGCUUAUGAAGUCAACGUCUUUGCUCAGUACGAUAAAGGAGACAGUUUCCCUUUGACCGGUGAAGAGACCACUCUUGAAGAACAAGGGAGUGUACGAAACUUACGAGUUACAGAGGAGACAACAAACAGUUUUAGGGUGUCAUGGCAACCUGCUCCAGGCUCGGUGAUCAGGUAUCGCCUGUCCUACGUUCCACUGAAUGGUGCUGGGGAGACACUGGAGGCACAGACAAUUGGAACUGAAACCACCAUGGUCCUCCAGGAGCUUUUCCCCAUUACCACCUACCGUGUGUCUGUGUCUGCUGAGUAUGCUACUGGCCUAGGGAAUGAGAUGCAGGUCGAUGGUACCACUAAGGAAGUCCGUGGCUCUCCUCGUGACCUUCGUGUCUUUGACGAGACCAUAUCUACAAUGAAACUGGCAUGGCAGGCUGCUCCAGGAAAUGUCCUUCAAUAUCGUAUCGCCUUCAAACCUGCUGACGGUGGUGAGAGGAAGGAGAUAUCGGUCAAAGGAGAUAACACCCAGGCUCUGCUGAAGAACUUAAAACCAAGCACUGAAUAUGAGCUGUUUGUUAGUGCUCGCUAUUCCUCCGGUUUGGGUGAACCUCUUCUGGGCACAGGAACCACUUUAGAAGAGCUUGGUUCACCCAGAGACUUGGUGACCAGGGACGUCACUGACACCAGUUUCGCUGUGUCUUGGACCGCAGCCCCUGGUAAUGUUCGUCAGUACCGGAUCAGGUGGAAGUCUCUGUUCACUGAAGAGGCUGGGGAAAAGACAAUAACAGGAGACACCACUGCCACAGUUCUGGAUGGUCUCACCCCAGAGACACGCUAUCAGGUCUCUGUGUUUGCUGGCUACGGCCAUGGAGAGGGCCAGCCACUGGUCGGAGAGGAAACCACAGAUAUUUCAGCUGCCGGCAGAGCAAUUGUUGUCUCAGAGGAGACAGAGAAGACCAUGAAGGUGACAUGGAAGGCGGCACCUGGAAAUGUGCUGAACUACCGUGUCACAUACAAACCCCAGGCUGGAGGGCGCCAGCUAGCAGCCAAGGUGCCCGGUGGCACGACUACCACUGUGCUGAGACGCCUUACUCCCCUCACCACCUAUGACAUCACCGUCCUGCCAGUGUACCGUUCCGGAGAAGGCAAAGCAAGGCAAGGAGUAGGAACAACACUGUCGCCUUUCAAAGGUCCUAGGAACCUCCAAACUUCAGAGCCUACCAAGACCAGCUUCCGUGUUACCUGGGACCAUGCUCCUGGUGAUGUUAGGGGCUACAAAGUCACUUUCCACCCUGUAGGGGAUGAUAUUGACCUGGGGGAACUUCAGGUUGGCCCCUAUGACAAUACUGUGGUGCUGGAGGAGCUCAGAGCUGGUACCAAAUACAAUGUGAAUGUGUUUGGUAUGUUUGAUGGAGGAGAGAGUAUGCCAUUGGCUGGAGAGGAGAAAACCACUCUCAUCGACAUACCUGAGCCUUCUCUUGUUACGCCAUCAGAUGUGAUGUGUAAGACCACUGCGCAGGCUGACAUUGUGCUGCUGGUGGACGGCUCAUGGAGUAUUGGACGUCUCAACUUCAAGACCAUUCGUGCCUUCAUCGCCCGUAUGGUGGGAGUCUUUGACAUUGGCCCCGAAAGGGUCCAAAUUGGUCUUGCUCAGUACAGUGGAGACCCCAAGACUGAGUGGCAUUUGGACGCUCAUAGAACCCGGGACUCACUCCUGGAAGCUGUGGCUAACCUGCCCUACAAAGGCGGAAACACCUUGACUGGUCUGGCUUUGAAGUACAUCCUCCAGAACAAUUUCAAAGAAAAUGUUGGGAUGCGACCCAACUCUCGGAAGAUUGGUGUGUUGGUCACUGACGGCAAAUCCCAGGACGACGUCAAUAUCUUCUCUCAGAGCUUGCGCGAUCAGGGCAUUGAGCUGUAUGCCAUCGGCGUGAAGAAUGCUGACGAGAAUGAGUUGAGGUCCAUUGCCUCUGAUCCGGAUGAUAUUCACAUGUACAACGUGGCUGACUUCUCCUUCCUGUUGGACAUUGUGGACAAUCUUACUGACAACCUCUGUAACAGUGUCAAGGGACCAGGAGGCGCACUGGAUGCUCCCACUGAUCUGGUGACAUCAGAUGUGACUCAGCAAUCCUUCAGAGCCACCUGGACUGCUCCUGAAGGCUCAGUGGAGCAAUACCGUGUUGAGUACAUGACUCUGUCUGGACGCCCACUGCAGGUGUAUGUGGAUGGUACUGAGACCACGGUGGUUCUCCAGAAACUCAACCCUCUGACUGAGUACCUGGUCAACGUCUACUCCGUGGUGGGAGAGGAGAGCAGUGAGCCUCUUAAAGGAACCGAGACCACAUUGCCCCUGAGUGCCGUGAGGAGGAUGGACAUUUAUGAUGAAAAGACCACCACCAUGCGGGUGAGGUGGGAGGAGGCGGUGGGUGCUACGGGCUACAUGCUGCUGUACAGCGCCAUCAAUGCCACUGAGCCGUCCCUGGAGCAGGAGAUCAGAGUGGGAGGAGAUACAACUGAUGUCCAGCUGGCCAGGCUGCACCCCAACACGGCCUACACACUGUCCCUUUUCGCUCUGCAUGGAGAAUCAGCAAGUGAACCACUGACCAAGCAGGGAGUCACGUUGCCCCUACCACCUGCGGGCGAACUGAGGGUUCGUGAUGUCACCCACAGCACCAUGAUGCUUAACUGGGAUGCUGCUCCUGGUGCUGUUCGCAAGUACCUUGUCACCUAUAAGCCUGAGGAGGGAGAGGCUAAAGAGCUGGAGGUGGGAGGAAGUGUGACCACCAGACAACUGGACAACCUGAUCUCACAGACUGAGUAUGCUUUAGCUGUUACUCCAGUCUACGACGAGGGACCUGGACAGACAAUGUCCGGAGAGGCAACCACUGAUGUGGUUCCUGCACCGAAGAACCUGCGAUUCUCAGAAGUUACCCAGACCAGCUUCAGAGCCACCUGGGAGCAUGGAGCCCCUGAUGUCGCUCUGUACCGCAUUGGCUGGACUAAGCAGGGAGAUCCCAACUUCCAAUAUGCCAUUCUGAACAGUGAUGAGACAACCUAUGUCCUGGAGAACUUGGAGCCAGACACGCCCUACGAUGUGUCUGUCACCGCCAUCUAUCCAGAUGAAUCAGAGAGCGAGGAUCUGCUGGGCACUGAGAGGACAUUGUCCAAGAAUGAUCGUAAACCAACACCUAAUGCACCUCCCACCAACCUGGUUGUGUUCAAUGAAACCAUCACUAGCCUGAACGCCAGGUGGAACCCACCUACAGGUCGCGUCCAGAACUACAGGAUCACCUAUGUCCCCACAGCUGGAGGCAGGAGCCAGACAACCCAGGUAGGAGGGAAGAAGAAUACUGUCCUGCUUCCCAAGCUGACCCCUGACACUGAGUACUCCAUCAGCGUGGUGGCUGUCUAUGCCCAAGGAGUCAGCCGAGAUCUUAAUGGCGUUGGAAAGACCAGGCCUUUGGGUGGUGUAAGGAACCUGCGGGUUACUGACCCCACCACCAGCUCCCUGAAUGUCCUGUGGGAGGCUGCUGAGGGCAACGUGCGCCAGUACAGGAUCUUCUAUGUUCCUGAGGCUGGAGGAGAAGAAGAGAUGGUUCAGGUCUCAGGCAGCACCUACAACACUGUGCUGAAGAACCUGCAGUCUGACACUGUCUACACUGUAACUGUAGUUCCCAUCUACUCCGCUGGAGAGGGACAACGCAUGUCUGAGAAUGGCAAAACAUUGGAGCGUAGCCCCGUCAGGAACAUCCAGGUUUUCAACCCCUCUACCAACAGUCUGAACGUUCGUUGGGAGGCUGCCACAGGUCCAGUCCAGCAGUACCGGGUGGUCUAUGCACCUCUGACGGGCGCCAGGCCCUCUGAGUCGGUUUUGGUACCAGGGACCACCACCACAGCCUUGCUGCAGCAGCUGCUCCCAGACACUCAAUACAACGUUGGAGUGGUUGCCCUGUACAGCGAUGGUGAAGGACCCACUAUCAGUGAUGCUGGAAAGACAUUGCCCCGUAGUGGCCCAAGGAACAUGCGCGUGUACGACCCCACCACCACCACUCUCUCUGUGAGCUGGGAACAUGCUGAAGGUCCUGUCAUGCAAUACCGCAUUACCUACGCCCAAACCACAGGAGAUCCCAUCGAAGAAUAUACUACAGUACCCGGAAACAGAAACAAUGUGAUCCUGCAGAACCUGGAUCCAGACACGCCUUAUAAUAUCAAAGUGACCGCGAUCUAUGCCGACGGGUCAGGAGGACAGCUGGAGGGAGAUGGACGCACAGUGGGUAUGCUUGGCCCCAGGAAUCUCCGUGUUUCUGAUGAAUGGUACACCCGCUUCAGGGUGGCCUGGGACCCCGCCCCCUCCAGGGUUAAUGGAUACAAGCUUAUCUACACACCUGAGGGCUCUGAUGAGCCCUUGGAGGUGUUUGUUGGAGACGUGACUUCCUAUCAACUGCAUAACCUGAAACCUGGAACCACCUAUGACCUGAAGGUGCUGGCACAGUACAACACCGGCUUCAGUGAACCUUUGAUUGGACAAGGCACCACAUUGUACCUGAAUGUGACAGACCUGACCACCUACAAUGUCGGCUAUGACAACUUCUGUGUCCGAUGGGCGCCUCACAGAGCGGCUACCUCCUACAGGGUCAAAGUCAAUCCUUUUGACACUUCCAAGAGAGGAGCUCAGGAGAUCACCGUCAGAGGCUCAGAGAGCAGCUACUGCUUUGACGGCUUGACCCCCGACACUCUCUACAAUACCACCGUCUACACCCAAACCCCCAACCUGGAGGGACCUGGAGUGAGCGUCAAGGAGAGGACAUUGGUCAAACCCACAGAGGUGCCAACCGAGCCUCCCACCCCCCCUGCUCCAGCAACAGUCCCCCCUGCACUGGAUGUGUGCAAAGGUGCUAAGGCUGACCUGGUCUUCCUCAUUGAUGGUUCCUGGAGUAUUGGAGACGAGAGCUUCAACAAGGUCAUCCAGUUUGUCACCAGCAUGACUGGAGCCUUCGAUGUCAUCAGCCCCAGCGGCAUGCAGGUCUCCUUUGUGCAGUACAGUGAUGACGCCAAGACCGAGUUCAAACUGAACACCUACCAUGACAAGGGCAUAGUGCUGUCAGCUUUGCAGACUGUCCGCUACAGAGGCGGAAACACCAAGACAGGCAUUUCUCUGAAGCACGUCUACGAGAAGGUGUUCACCUCAGACAGCGGCAUGAGGAGGAACGUCCCGAAGGUGCUGGUGGUGGUCACAGAUGGACGCUCCCAGGACGAUGUCAAGAAGAGCGCAGAAAAACUGCAGCACUCUGGCUACAGUGUGUUUGUGGUUGGAGUGGCCGAUGUCGACAUGACGGAGUUGAGAAAUAUCGGCAGCAAGCCCAGUGAGAGACAUGUGUUCGUGGUCGACGACUAUGACGCCUUUGCCAAGAUCCAGGACAACUUGAUCACCUUUAUCUGUGAAACGGCCACUUCCACUUGUCCUCUGAUCUACAUCAAUGGAUUCACCACGCCUGGCUUCAGGAUGCUUGAGGCUUUCAACAUCACAGACCGGACUUUCGCUGGCAUGAAUGGCGUGUCCAUGGAGCCGGGUUCCUUUAACAGCUACAUUGCCUACAGGCUGCAUAAGGAUUCCUUCCUGAACCAGCCCACCAAGGAGAUUCAUCCGGAGGGUCUUCCCCCAUCUUACACCAUUAUCCUGCUCUUCCGCCUCCUGCCCGACACAGCCUCCGAGCCUUUUGAUAUCUGGCAGAUUGCAGACAAAAACAACAACCCUGAAGUCGGGAUCACCGUCAACCCUUCCAGCAAAACAAUCACGUUCUACAACAAGGACACCCGAGGAGAGGUCCAGAGAGCCACGUUUAAUGAGGAGCAAGUGAAGCGGGUUUUCCAUGGGAGCUUCCACAAGCUCCACAUCAGCAUCUCUCCCGAGAAAGUCAAGCUCAACGUGGACUGCCAAGAAGUGGCAGAGAAGCCAAUCAAGGAGGCCAACAACAUCACACUGGACGGCUAUGAAGUGCUUGGCAAGUUGGUCAAGUCUGGAGGUGGAAGGAGGCAGUCUGCAACAUUCCAGCUCCAGAUGUUCGAUAUUAUCUGCAGCUUGAGCUGGAUCAGCCGAGACAGAUGCUGCGACCUGCCCAGCAUGAGAGAUGAGGCCAAGUGCCCAGCCCUUCCCCACUCGUGCACAUGCACACAGGACAGCAUCGGCCCUCAGGGGCCCCCUGGACCCUCGGGCAGCCCAGGUUCUAAGGGACCACGAGGAGAUAGAGGAGACCCCGGCAACGCUGGUUCCAUGGGUCCUCGCGGUGAGUCAGGACUCCCAGGCGCAAUGGGACCACCGGGUCCACAAGGCCCUAACGGACUGUCUCUACCUGGAGAACCUGGUCGCCCUGGACCAAAGGGAGAUCCUGGAGACCCGGGUCUGGCUGGUCUGCAAGGUUCUCCUGGGCCACGUGGUCCUCUGGGCCCCGUUGGACCAAGCGGAGCACGGGGGCCACCAGGAAAGGAGGGACCAUCUGGACCUAGAGGCCCACCGGGGCCCAUGGGAAGCCCUGGAAAUCCAGGUGUACCAGGAAUUACUGGGAAACCAGGGAAACCAGGAGACACAGGAAACCCAGGACCUGUUGGCCUUAAAGGAGAGAAAGGAGAGAGGGGAGACUUUGCAUCCCAGAACAUGAUGCGCUCCAUUGCCAGACAAGUUUGUGAGCAGCUUGUGAACAGUCAAAUGAGCAGAAUUGACAUGAUGCUCAACCAGAUUCCUUCUGGAUAUCGCAGCAACAGUCCCGGGCCAGCUGGUCCUCCUGGCCCUCCCGGCAACCAGGGAUCCCGCGGAGAGCCUGGGCAGCAGGGCCGAGCUGGUUUCCCUGGAAGCCCAGGUUUACCUGGAAAUCAAGGAGAAAGAGGUUUGCCAGGCGAGAAGGGAGAAAGAGGAUCUCCAGGAACUGGUAUCAGAGGACAAAGAGGUGCAAAUGGGCCACCAGGGCCACCAGGCGAGUCACGAACGGGACCCUCAGGUCCUUCUGGUUCCGCUGGGCCUCGUGGCCCUCCAGGUCGCCAGGGUACUCCUGGGGUGAGGGGACCUCCAGGACCCACUGGAUACUGCGACUCCUCUCAGUGUGUUGGCAUUCCUUACAAUGGACAAGGAUACACAGACAACCGCUACCAGCCUGAACCUGAUGUAGUGUCUAUACCUGUGGAGCCAGCUGGAGAGUUUGAGACAAUACAGUCACCCGGUUACUCACGAAACCAACGAGAAAAGAGAUCACUACCAAGAGGGAAUACAGACACAUCAUAGCUAUGAUCAAGAGUUCUCAGAAAGUGUAAUAUUGAAAUGACUUCCACGAUCACGUAAUGUGAGGAUGAAGUGCUAUUCAGAACAAAACUAGUACUUAUUUGGGUUUGAUACCCCUGGUUAUAUUGAACAUAUAUUUUUUGACAUGAGAAAGUUUAGCAAGAUGACUACAAACCUACAUGUUCGCUCAUUACAAACCUGUGUGCUUGCUAAGUGUUUCCCUUUAAGUGUCUGCUUGUAAAAUAACUGCAAGUGUUUAUCGGACUCCAAUGUUUAAUGAACUAAUCAUGUGAAAACCAGCAGAAAGUUUGUCGAAGGAAGUACAGUAUGUGUGUUUCUGAACACUUUCACGCUACCCAUGUUGUUUUUGUCCAGUUUCAGUAUGUAAAGCUGUUUCAGAUACUCCAUUGGUAAAAAAAAAAAAAAGAAAAAAAAAAAAGGAUGAUGAAUUUGAUCCCCAAAGAUUUGUGCAUUGUGAUGUCUUGUACGGCCUGUAAACGAUAAAAUGAUAAUCUGACUUAUUGUAACAAACCAAACUUUUUUUUUUUUUGUUUGUUUUUGUUUUGGGUUUUUUGUUACCAAAGGUGGAAUUGCAUGUUUGUGUUGUAUAUUUACUGAGGAUUUCUAAGUCAGAAUAUAGUUGUUGUUUUCUAUCAAUGCAGUUUGGAAUUGGUUGCAAGACUAUGGACAUAGAAUUGCUUUUCUCAUGUUUUAACUGCACAUUUUGUGAAUUCCACACAGCCUUAUUUUCUUAUUUAUUUCUGAAACAGAAGAGGCAUUUUUCAAUAAAACUACUGAAAAUGUAGAA